CAAGAAAGGCAUCAGUCUGUGGCAUCUCCUCACCUGAACGAGUCAAUUAACACGUAAAAACAUGAAGCUGACCAUUGCCAUCAUCGCGAGCAUCCUGCUCAUCAGCUUGGCCGAUUUGGCCACUGGAUCGGAUUGUGGAUGCCCAGGUACAACAACAACCACCUGCCGGACAACAACCACCUGUCCGACAACAACCACCUGCCGGACAACAACAAGAAGAACCACUCGCAGGACAACAACCACUUGCAGGCCAACAACAACAACCACAACACCCUGCACGACAACAACGACGACAACCACUUGCAAGCCAACAACAACAACCACCAAGAGGACAACUCGCAGAACCACCAGAAGGACCACCAGAAGGACCACCACCAGGCCCACCACCACCACCAAGAAGCCUACAUGCAGCAUAUGCGGUCCGGGUGGUCCAGCCUGCAAGGGAUGCCCCGAAAGGGAGAAUCUCUGCCAGGAGCUGAUCAACAAUGUGCGCAACCUGGAGCGCAGGAUUCGCCAGUGCGUGUGCGGACAAAAGGAUUGGUUGAUGUAAAGUGGAUCAACUUUCAGCCUCCGAAACCCUGUUGUGAUUAUGCGAACUCUGACUGCUCGAACUGGACCACGAUUUUGAACCACCAAGAAGCCCACAACCAAGAGUCCCUGUGUUGAUCAACACAACAUUGAGCGCAGGAAGUAAAUCAUCCUUCAGCCAACUCCCUGUUGUGAUCGAUGCCUGCGUUGCUCAACUUGGACUACGCUUCUGUCCCACAAUUGUUAUACCUUCAUCCAUUCCUGUUGUUUUUAAUUGACUUUUUAACGAUAUUAAACCCGUGCGGAAUGCGGACUUUGGUCGCCGCCUUCCAAUCAUUUCAUACUGUUGCAAAA